GCGCGCCGCCCCCGAGGAGUCCGCGGGGAGGAGGAGACUCGGGCGCAGAGCGGGGGCCGCGGGAAGCGGGAAGGAGCGCGGGGAGGCGCGGGGCCGGUGCCGGCCCAAGGGCGCCCUCGCCUCGGAGCCGGGCGCGGGCGGCGAGCGCGAAGUUUGGCGGCGGCGGCCGGGCCGGGCGUCCGGGGGUCGCGAGCGGCGGGGCCAUGGGGGCGCGCACGGGCGGCGGGGCGGGCGCGGAGGCGGCUCGGUGCGCGCGGAGCCCCCCGAGCGGCGCGGCGGCCGCGGCGCAAAGUUAGCCCGGCGCCCCGGGACGAGCCCCGCAGCCGCCCGCCGCCCCCGGACCCGCCGCGGCAUGGGCGAGCACCCCAGCCCGGGCCCCGCAGUGGCCGCCUGCGCCGAGGCCGAGCGCAUCGAGGUGCUGGAACCCGAAGCCGACGAGCGGCCGCCCGCGGCGCCCGAGGACCACUGGAAAGUCCUGUUCGAUCAGCUGGACCCUGGGAACACAGGCUACAUCAGCACGGGCAAGUUCCGGAGCCUCCUGGAGAACAACAGCUCCAAGCUGGACCCGCACAAAAGGGAGGUGCUCCUGGCCCUUGCUGACAGCCAGGCAGAUGGACAGAUUAGCUACCAGGAUUUUGCCAAUCUGAUGAGUAACAAGCGCUCCAACAGCUUCCGCCAGGCCAUCCUGCAGGGGAACCGGCGGCUGUGCAGCAAGGCCCUGCUGGAGGAGAAGGGGCUGAACCUCUCGCAGCGGCUCAUCCGCCACGUGGCCUAUGAGACUCUGCCCCGAGAGAUUGACCGGAAGUGGUACUACGACAGCUACACCUGUUGCCCGCCCCCGUGGUUUAUGAUCACAGUCACGCUGCUUGAGGUGGCCUUCUUCCUCUAUAAUGGGGUGUCGCUGGGUCAGUUCGUGCUGCAGGUGAGCCACCCACGCUACCUGAAGAACUCCCUGGUCUACCACCCACAGCUCCGAGCACAAGCUUGGCGCUACCUCACCUAUAUCUUCAUGCACGCGGGGGUAGAACAUCUUGGACUCAAUGUGGUGCUGCAGCUCCUGGUGGGGGUGCCCCUGGAGAUGGUGCACGGAGCAACCCGCAUCGGGCUCGUCUAUGUGGCCGGCGUUGUGGCAGGGUCCUUGGCAGUGUCUGUGGCUGAUAUGACCGCACCUGUCGUGGGCUCCUCUGGAGGGGUGUAUGCGCUCGUCUCUGCCCAUCUGGCCAACAUUGUGAUGAACUGGUCGGGCAUGAAGUGCCAGUUUAAGCUACUUCGGAUGGCUGUGGCCUUGAUCUGUAUGAGCAUGGAGUUCGGGAGAGCUGUGUGGCUGCGCUUCCAUCCAUCUGCCUAUCCCCCGUGCCCUCACCCAAGCUUCGUGGCGCAUCUGGGCGGCGUGGCCGUGGGCAUCACCCUGGGCGUGGUGGUCCUGAGGAACUACGAGCAGAGGCUGCAGGACCAGUCGCUGUGGUGGAUUUUUGUGGCCAUGUACACCAUCUUCGUGCUGUUCGCCAUCUUCUGGAACAUCUUUGCCUACACCCUGUUGGACUUAAAGCUGCCGCCGCCCCCCUAAGGGGCACAGGACCGAGGUGGGGACAUGGGGAGGAGAGAGAGCUCACUUCCGGCCUAGCCUGCCCAGGGACGCCGGGAGGAGAGCCCAGGAGCCACUGGGCCGCUGCUAUAA